AGCAGAGGUCGUCACGACCGUCACAACGUGCAAUUAAGCACCAUCUUGGGGUGGAGCAUAUAUUGUCUACAGAUACCAUUCUUAAAAUACUCGAACUGCCCCGAAGAUCCGUGAGCAGACACAAGGAUGUACUCUGACGAGAUUAUAGACGGCGUGGGUGGAAUGUCCCGGUUCCAGAUCACGAUCAUGCUGCUAAUCAUGGUUCCGAAGGGUAUGAUAGCAUGGGGAAUGUUGAUGAUGUCGUUCGCGGGAGUAUUCCCUGACAAAUGGUGGUGUACGGACGUCGUUGGUGAAAAUGUCGGCAUCAACAACUACACUGGUCUGAAGAAAUGUCCGGUAGCAGGCAACGAAAGCUCCUGCACCUUUGUGUACAGUCAAGAGAAGGACACGGUCAUCAAUGAGUGGAACCUGUUGUGUGAUAUGGAAGGGAUAAAGCCAUUGAUAACAGCAAUACAGAUGACGGGAGUGCUGCUAGGGGCGUUCAUCAGUGGUCAAUCUGCUGACGUCAUUGGGAGAAAGAAGACCUAUUACAUCUCGCUGUUCCUCCACGCAGUGUUUAACUUGGUGGCAGCAUUUUCAACAUCAUGGCAGAUGUUUAUUGCGUUGAGAUUUUGUAUUGGUUUGAUGGUUGGUUCCUUCCUGGUGGUGAGUUUUACCUACACAAUGGAGUUCAUAGGGACCCGUUGGCGUCCAAUCAUCGCCGCUAUUCCCUUCUGGCCAGUCGGAUCAGCUCUGCUUUCUCUUACUUGUUGGUUGCGACCGAACUGGUCUGAUCUACACAUUAUAUUGGCAGCCAUUCAAGUCCCCUUUUUAUUCGGAUACCUCGUUGUGCCAGAAAGUUUGCGGUACCUGGCAGUUCAUGGUAAGCUGGAGGAGGCAGAGGAGGUGGUGGAUCAGAUGGCGCGCUACAACAAAAGAGAGAAGCCAGCGAACACUGAGAUCCUUCUGAAGAAACUGUCAGAGGAAGAAAGAAGAGGUAGCGACUCUGAUCGCAAAUACACCUAUUUGGACAUCUAUCGAGGCUGGAGUAUGUUCAGGAAAUCUAUUGUCCACCAAGUUAUUUGGUUGCUCGUGUCCUUCGUUUACUAUGGCAUCUCAUUCGGGGUGGGGCGCUUGACUGGGAACCUAUAUGUCAACAUGUUCCUCGUAUCAGUGAUUUCUUUACCCAGUGAAGUAGCCGUGUUUUUCUUGAACAACAGGAUUGGGCGGAGAUGGACGGGAUUCUCAUUCUUCGUGUUGGCUACUUGUGGAGCAUUCGGUGUCGUCAUUGCAACUAGAGUUGAUAUGUCUGAAAGUAUCCGAGGAGUAGCAACAACAACACUGGCCUUGAUAUGUAGGCUUGGUGCAUCAUCAGCCUGGAGCUGCUACCUUGUUUUCACCAGUGAAUCCUACCCCACCGUGAUCAGGAACUUGGGCUAUGGCGGUGCUAACAUUGCAUCUCGUCUUGGGGGUAUCGUUUCUCCAUAUGUAUUUGCCAUGGGAGGUGAUGAUCUUCUGCCACCUUUUGUCAUUGUGGGAUCAGCGAUGGUUGUCUGCACCUUACUGUCACUGCUGACUCGGGAAACUAAGGGCGCCCCCCUGGCCGACACAACUGUGGACGCUUCAGCGAAAACUGAGCCAGCUGAUGCAGAUAUAACAAAUUCGAAAGACAUCAAAUUGCAUCAGAAGAUCUGUUCCUGAAUGUCAUUCACAAACAGUCGCACAACCUGUGUAACCUAUAUCGUUUGUAAUACGAAGAAUCAGCUUUACUGCGAAAAUGAUCAGGAAUGACAGAUGUAUAUAAUUCAACCUUGGUAAAACAUAAGCAUAACUCUUCUGAUAUAUUGAUUUUAGUAAUUUCAGUUGUGUAAUGCGCCGAAAUAAUCCCUGAGCAGACUUGCGUCCCUAUUAUCAAGGGUACUAAUCCCAGGUUCGCGUUGAUUAUGAUGCAUGGUUUGUCAGCAGCAUGGUUAUGCCGUGGUUUUCACCAAAGCCUAAAGACGUCUGACGUACCACAGUCUGUCCAACAUUAACUUAACAUGCCGCAAUGUAACUAAAAUACCGUUCAUACAGGCAUUAAACCCAACGCACUCAACCCUUAGCAUUAUACUUCUAAAACUAUUUUCCUCACAAUAGCAAACGCUUUAUGCAUUCUUAUAAUUAUUAUAAUAUUUUGAACAGAAAUAGUUUAUUCAGCAUUCUACUAUGAAUUUGGAAUAUAUUCGAUUGUGAUUGAUCAGAGGUAUCAAAUCAAAAUAUUCCCCCUGGCCACUGAUUGAAACAGCCGAUUCACAACGGAAGCUACUAUAUUUAGAAUAGUACUUAUUUAAAGUCAUUGUCAGUAGGCGUAUUUACAUAAUUAUGUGUACAAUUAUAGACUACAAAAUGCAAAGUUGAGGUUACUACUAUAUUCAGAGGAUUUGUGCCAAUGUAUUUCGUGCAGAAAAUACGAUAUACAUCUACAAAGAGACUGUAUUUCAAGUUUUGUGAACAGAAAAUAGCUUGCUAUUUGGCGCUAUAUACCACGGUGAGGUCAUAUCUUAUGCUUCACAAUGAACGUAUGACAUCAUGAUAGUGACGCGCGGUGAAGAUUAAAACCUUGGCAAGGCUUGCUUAUUUUUGUUUAGGGUGCCCACUUCAUGUCAGCUUACGAUGUUGCCGUUGCUACAUACUUACAGUGCCUGCCAUUAGUUCGUGUGAAGUAUUCCGGUCUAAAGAAGCUGCUUGACCAUAAAGAGCUCCAUUGUUUUUUAAAGGCUGUUGUCGGUGAUUUCGUAAAUUGUGAUCGUCAUGAUCAAUACACUCAAAACACUGGACUAACCAAUGCUGCUUCACUCAAUAUAUUUACAAACAUUAAAGAGUUCGCGUUUUAUUUAGAAUGGUAGAAUGGAGAUAAACAUACUGUGUUUUCAGUGUAGGUUAGUGCUGCGCGUUCGGUUCCAAAUUCAAUUUCAAUUCGGUUACAUCUACAGGUAACCUGGCUCUACAUUGAAAACAUUGUAUGUUUAUUUCCAAAUUGAAGGCCUCGUCGCCACGAGCACAAACAUCUUCAUGUUACAUGAAUAUAACUGAUGACCAAUUAUGAAUACAUUGGUGCUUAACGAGUUCCUGGCAAAUGUAUUUUUAAAUAAAGCGCAAAACUUAUCAGAUCACA